AGAACCGGGAGAGGAAGAGUCAGAUACGUGUAGCCAAAGACCAGGCGUGCCGGUGUGGAAGCAGAUGUGACUAGAGACAAGCCGUGGACGUUCUUAUUUUAACGUGGAUAUUUUUCCAAUGUGCAAUAUGACUUUUGAGGAAGCCAGUGGAGAAAACUCUACAGAAAGGAUGGAUUCAGUGGCUACAGCAUUGGAGAAGGUGCUCAGUUCUGCUUUGCCUCAGGGUUGCAUCACUGUCGGAGUAUACGAGGCAGCCAAGUCGCUCAAUGUGGACCCGGACAAUGUGGUGCUGUGCCUCCUGGCUGCUGAUGAGGAGCAGGUUGAGGACGUGGCUCUGCAGAUCCACUUCACCCUGAUUCAGGCCUUCUGCUGUGAGAACGACAUCAACAUCCUGCGGGUCAACAACACAAGGCGCCUCGCGGAGAUACUCGGGGGAGGGAAGCCAGGAGGAGAGCCCAUGGACCUGCACUGUGUACUGGUCACUAACCCCCAGGCAACCCCCUGGAAGGACCCUGCCCUGAGCAAAGUCAGUCGCUUCUGUAGAGACAGUAGAAUCCUGGAUCAGUGGGUCCCCUUCAUCAACCUGCCAGACCGAUGACCAGGCAGCGUGGACUGUAGCCAUGUCAUACACUUUUUACAGAAACACAGCACACUGCACCAGAUCUGUGGAAGAAUGCCUCUCACGACACAAACCUGAUUCAACAGAAGGACAGAGACUGAGGGCUGAAUGAGGACGAGAAGAGUGCCUAGUCCAACAAAACCCGCUUGAUCGUUGUGGAUUUUACACAGAGUCUUUCAGUUGAGGAAGAGUGACUCAGCACACUGUGUUCCGUGACUGCCAAGGUCACAAUGCUGUGACUGUAAGGCCAAGGUGCCGGUUGUAUGAGUGUGCCCUGGUGCAGCUGGGAAGAAAGUCAUUGCAGGAGGCUGAAUCAUGUGACUAGAGCAGGAACACGUGGUCGGCAGAGCAGAGAACAGCGGCAGAGGUCUGGUCUUUCCUGGAGGCUCUGAGGACUGAGUCCUAAGGACCGGACUAUAUUGAACUGGACUUAAACGUACUACUUCAUUAAACUGGGCCAGAGUAGUCUGGACUAUUGUGGGACUAAUGGUUGGACAAUACUUUAAAGGAAGUCGACCAACCUCUUAUGUGGAUAUUGUCAAAUCUGUAAUUUAUGUGAUCCUGAAUAUUGGAAAAUCUGAAUGAAAGUGUUGUUUAGGUCAUUGUUGACUUGAACAACUGUUGUUUUCAGAAAAACUCAUAUGUUUUAGUUAAUUUAAUAAAUUUAAUUUGUUGCAAUGUUUGUCAACAGUUGCUGUU